CAUUAAAAAAAAUAUGGAUACCAAAAAUUGGUACGAAUAGACUAAUAUAAAUCGAAAUUAGAAAAUUAUCAUAGAAUAAAAAUUCGAAUUACUCCCUCCGUCCCAUGAAGGAAGGCCAAGUUUUCGUUUUGAUUUGUCUCACGAAGCAAGAUCAGUUUCUAAAAGUAGCAAAAAAUUUACUCUUUAUUAACCUUUUCACUUUUUCAUCUACCACACUUAACACAAAAAAUACAAAUUUCUUAAUUUCCGUUCUGAAAAGAACUUGGUCUUACUUCAUGGGAUCGCGUGAGUAUAUUUUACUCUUAAUAAAUAUGCCUAAUUUUUUGUAAAUGUUAUUUUUCACCUCCUCUCACGUGGUCCCUUCUCUUUGUAUGCCAUAAAUCUCAGUUCGUUUGCCACCUCACUCUCUCUCUUCUGUCUCGAAAAUUAGAGAUGCCGCAACAGCUGAUGACACCAUGAGCUCUGUUGACCCUGAGCUCCUCCGUCUGUGGCGGUGGAGGAUUCUCGCGACGGUGCUUCUCAUUCGGGCCGAGUCGUUCGGGCUGAGCAGCGACGGCGUGGCGCUGCUGUCGUUCAAGUACAACGUUCUCAGCGAUCCUUUCGGGGUUUUGCAGAGCUGGAAUUACAGCGACGCCACGCCGUGCUCGUGGAAUGGAGUCUCUUGCGGCACUCCGGGCUCCGCCGACGCCUAUUUCCGAGUCACGGCCCUCUCGCUCCCUAAUUCCGGCCUUCUCGGAUCAAUCCCUUCCACGCUCGGAGCCAUCCCUCACCUCCGAACUCUUAAUCUCGCCAACAAUUCCAUCAACGGCUCCAUCCCAGCCUCCCUCUUCGCCGCCAUCUCCGAGCUUCAGAGCCUCGAUUUCUCCAACAAUUUGAUCUCCGGCGAGCUGCCACCGCUCCUCGGGAACCUGCAAUUUCUCCGAGUUCUGAACCUCUCCGACAAUGCCCUAGCCGGCAACCUCCCAGCGAAUCUCUCAGCUCUCCGUAACUUAACGGCUGUUUCCUUGCGGAGCAAUUACUUCUCCGGCGAAAUUCCCGGCGGAUUCAGCUCGGUUCGAUUCUUAGAUCUGUCUUCGAAUUUGAUCAACGGCUCGCUGCCGGAGAAUUUCGGCGGCGCCAAUCUGGAAUACCUGAACGUCUCCUUCAACAGGAUCUCCGGCAAAAUUCCGCCGGGAUUCGCCGCCGGAAUCCCCGUAAACGCAACCAUCGAUCUCUCCUCGAACGACCUAACCGGUCCAAUUCCAGAUUCCGAUCUCUUCUCCAAUCAAGUGACGGAAUCCUACUCCGGCAACGGUAACUUGUGCGGCAAGCCGUUAAGAAACCUCUGCCCGAUUCCGUCUUCCGCAGCAGCCAUACCUAACGCUUCAGUGCCGGAAUCUCCGCCGGCGAUCGCUGCCAUUCCGAAAACCAUCACUUCCAGCCCCGCCACAGCCGCCGCCGGCAGCCCGCCGCAAGCGAAAGCGAGCGGGCUGCGGACGGGAACGAUUUUGGGAAUCGUGGCCGGAGACGUGGCGGGAAUCGCGGUUUUAUUGGCCAUAUUCGCGUACGUGUACAAAAGGAAAAGGAAAAAAGCCGCGAAAAAGACCGCGGAAAGUGCCGCAGAGUUUGACUGGGCGGCGGCGUCGUCCGAGUCCUCCUCCUCGGAGGAGGAACACAACUGGCUCCGCGGCUGGACCUGUCUCAACAAGCAGCGCCAUCACGACGACGGCGCUGCUGGCGAGGCAGCAACCUCGGAGUCCGCGAGCUCCGAGGAAAACGCGGCGCCGCCGCAGCAUCAGAAGAGCGGGGCGCUGGUGACGGUGGACGGGGAGAAGGAGCUGGAGCUGGAGACGCUGCUAAAGGCGUCGGCAUACAUCCUGGGGGCGUCGGGCUCCAGCAUAAUGUACAAGGCGGUUUUGGAGGACGGGACGACGCUGGCGGUGCGGCGCGUCGGGGAGAGCGGCGUCGAGAGGUUUAGGGAUUUCCACAACCAGGUUCGGAUCAUCGCAAAGCUGGUGCAUCCGAACCUGGUUCGGAUCCGAGGCUUCUAUUGGGGCGUCGAGGAGAAGCUCAUCAUCUACGAAUUCGUUCCCAACGCUAGCCUCGCUAACGCCCGUUACAGGAAAGCUGGCUCCUCACCUUGCCCUUUACCUUGGGAAAUGCGGCUCAAGAUAGCCAAAGGCGUGGCCCGCGGGCUGUGCUACAUCCACGAGAAGAAGCACGUGCACGGCAAUCUCAAGCCCACCAAUAUCUUACUGGGCUGGGACAUGGAGCCCAAAAUCGGGGAUUUCGGACUCCAGCGCCUCGUCACGUGCGACAACGGCAGCUCCAAGGCCGCCGGCAGCUCCGCUCGGAACUUCGGCAGCAAGCGCUCCACGGCCUCGCGGGACAGCUUCCAGGACUAUGCUGCCAGCGGGGCCACCCCCAGCCCGAGCCCGAGCAUAAUGGGCGUGUCGCCUUACCAUGCGCCCGAGUCGCUCCGGAGCCUCAAGCCCACCCCGAAAUGGGACGUGUACUCGUUCGGGGUGGUGUUACUAGAAUUAGUAACGGGUAAAGUCAUAGCAUCCGAUGAGGCGGGUCCUGCCCUGGCCGUCGCAGGCAGCUCCAUCUCGUCCGACGAGGACAAAGGGAAAGUGUCGAGGAUGGCCGAUGCGGCGAUCCGCGCAGACAUGGAGGGGAAGGAGGAGGAGUUGUUGGCGUUACUUAAAUUAGGGUACAGCUGCAUCUCACCGGUGCCGCAAAAGAGACCAUCCAUGAAGGAGGCGCUUCAAGCGCUUGAGAGAUUUCCGUCGUGUUCGUUUUCUUCAUCUUGCUAUUAAUUGAUUGUAGGCACAGUGUAUGUAUGGAUAUGAUUGGCUGACAUGUUUUAGUUUUUCCUUACACAAUCUUUGAUCAUAUAUCACAGGUUUGUGUUCUCAA